UUAUUAUUUUUUAGUUAAUUUUAGAUUUAGUCGUUUAGUUAGGAUUUAACUGAUUUAAGAAUCUCAUCCUGUUGGAUAUUUUUCAGAAUAAUGUCUACCGUAAAAUAUAGAACUUUUAAUUUUGCAUAUUGAGUAUUGCAGUUAUUUUAUGACUGAGUUUGAGAAGCACCACCGUGUACGAUAAUGGACAUUUCAACUAUGCAAAUCAAACCGGUGACAGUAAAAAGAAAUGGUGUCACCGGUCAGUCGGUAUUAAACGUUUCUUAGAUAGAAAUCACUUGAAUUUUUUGCAUCAAAAGCGCUUUAAGCAGAAUGGAUCAUGCCGAGUUAGUGUUAGAAAUGUCUCAUUUGGAGCGGAUGCCCACGGCAGAUAGGUUGGCUCUAGCUAGACGGCGUCGAGUUCAACAAUUACGACUGUGGGCCCAAAAAGAUCGCGAACGUCGACGGUCGUCUCCACCACGCAACAAUAGACAUAUAUAUUUCAGUGACAAUGUCAUGUUGUUGGAAGCUGCUUCUAGAAAUGAUAUUGAAGAAGUAAAAAGACUUCUGGUCAAAGAGGUCAGUCCAGAUGCUACAAAUGAAGAUGGGCUUACUGCCUUGCAUCAGUGUUGUAUUGAUGAUAAUGAACAAAUGAUGAAACUCUUAGUGGAGUUUGGUGCUAAUGUUAAUGCAGAAGAUAGCGAAAAGUGGACUCCAUUACAUGCAGCAGCUACUUGUGCUCAUUUACACCUAAUUAAAUAUCUUAUUGAUAAGGGUGCUAAUUUACUUUCUGUAAAUGCUGAUGGUAAUAUGCCAUAUGAUAUCUGUGAAGAUGAAGCCGCAUUAGAUCUUAUUGAGAGUGAAAUGGCUAGACGAGGUGUAACACAACAAUUGAUUGAUAACACACGUUCCACUACAGAACAUCGAAUGUUACAAGAACUCCAGCAAGCUGUUGAAAAUAAUCAAAGUUAUUUACUAGAAUCGUAUGACCAUCAAGGAGCUACACCUUUACAUAUUGCUGCUGCCAAUGGUUAUUUAAAAGUUGUUGAAUAUUUAUUAGAUAACCACGUUGCAACUGAUGUUAAAGAUUCUGAUGAAUGGCAACCUGUUCAUGCAGCUGCUUGUUGGGGUCAUUUGGAAGUGUUGGAAAUAUUGGUUCAAAAUGGUGCUGAUUUGAAUGCUAAGACAAAAAAUGAUGAAACACCUGCAGACAUUUGUGAAGAUCCAGAUUUACGUGAUCGUAUAUUACAAUUGCGUAAUGAACAAGAGACCAAAAAAGAAGCUCAGAGAAGAAGAGUUCGGCGUACACAAUCAAAUAACACUAGAGCUCAAUCAGUUCGAAGAACAUCUAUUAGAGAAAAAACGCUGACAUCUAAAAAGGAUGCAGUAGAAGAAGCUAGGUUAAGAGUUGAAGCUCAGAAUUUUGCAAAAAAAUUUUUAGCUAAUGAGCGUAUCACUAGUGACUUAGAAGGAGAUUCAUCAAUUGAUUCAUUUGUUCCUGUACCUAUUCCUGUUCCUUCAAUAAUUCCUACUACAGAACGUAGAGAGCCUGAAGGUGAAGACGUUACUGAUGAAAAGUCGCAGUUGGAAUCUGUUGAUGUUGGUCCAGCUGCUGAAACUUGUUAUACAACAGAAAGUGAUGGUAAAAUAAACAUACAUGUUUCGGUAACUAUCAAUGCAGGUACUUUGGCUGAGUUGAAAAAACAACGAGCACAAACUCGUGCAGCAGCUGGUCUUCUUUCUAAUAGUACAGAUCUACCAUCCGAUUCAGAAGCUGCAUUUAAUAGAUUUGCUGGUGAUACUGAAGAUGUGAUUGUUGGUGAUCCAUUGAAAACAAGGCGAAAAUGUUGUAUAAUUUUUUAAUUUGCCUUUACUUUUACAAUUAUUGGUGGAUAAAAUAUUUAUCAUAUUUUUAUGGAAAUGAAAUUUUUACAUUUUCCCAGGUAAAUUUCUAUAAUUUUUUUUGUAUAUUUUCCUUUUUUAUGUACUUAAACAUCACUGAACAUUGUUCCGUCCUGUAGAAUUAUUUUUAUUUAGUUUUGAUUUAUUCCAAUUUAUAAGGGCCAUUAGAAUUAAUUUAGAUUAUUAGUUGUUUACAUAACUGUGAUAAAUUUGUGAGUGUUCGGAGAGUACUCGAUCAUUUUUUUUAAAACUUAUUUUUGUAUUUUUAAUAUAAGCACAAAUCAAAUUAAUAUAUUUUUUUACAUUCCAAUUAUAUUUGUCUAUGUAUAAAUAUUAAAUAAUAAUUAAAUAUUA